AGGAUGACAACAUCACACUGAAGCAGCUGCACGAGUCUCUGCAAGAGCUGUACCGCAGGCUCCAAGAGGAGCGCGACGCCCUGAAGCGGCGCCUGCGCCAGGAUCAGGCUGAGCAGGACGACAGCAGCCGCCGCAUGCAGUCCGAAGGAGCGCGGCUAAGGGAACAGCUUCGAGCCAAGUGCCGGGAAUGCGAGGACCUCCAGCAUCACGCGCUCUCGCCACAAGACUUUCAAAGGCUCCGGCGGCGUCUCGAGGAGGACCUCCGGGAGGCGGAGUUGGAGCCCUUGAGGCGGCAGCUAGAAGGUCAGAUCGCGGAGGUGCAAGGCGCCGCUCGCAGCAUGGAGCGCCAGCUGGAGCAGGAGAAAGCCAAGGCGCGCCUUGCGGAGGCCGAGCUGAAGGACCAGCUGGACAUGGAGCGCUCCGCGGCCGCGAGCCGGGAGGUUGCGCUGGAAAGCGCCCGCCGGGCGGUAGAGGCGGAGCGCCGCAAAGCCGAGGACUUUGAGGCAGAGGCAUCCCGGCUCCAAUUCCAGCUGGAAGAUCAGGAGACCCGUGCCCGCGGACUCAAAGAACAGCUGCAGGAGCGGGAGGCGCAGGCCUUGCGUGAGCAGAAGGUCUGGAAGCAAGAGCUGGACCGCAAGGUGUCGGAUGAGCAGACCGUGCGGCGGGAGGUGCAAAAACUGCAGCAGCUCUGCCAUGAGGAGUCCCAAGAGACCUCGCGCCAGCUCCAGGCUUUCGAGGCGCAGGCGGAGCAGUUGCGGCAGCAGCAGCGCCGGGCGGACGAGGCGGAGGUGGAGGCACGCGCGGCGCGACUGGAGCUGGAACAGGAGACGCGGCGCCUUUCCGAGGAGUUGGCACAGCAUCGCCUGCAGCUGCAGGAGGAGCGUCAGAAGCGGCACCGAGAGGCGAAGGCGUGGGAGGAGAAGCUGUUGGUCAUGGAGCAGAACAACCGCGCCCUGGAGGCGCGGCAGCAGCAACUCUACCAGGAGAAGCUGGACAGCCUCGCGGAGCGAGAGGACGCCCAUGAGCAGAUGCAGCAGCGGCUGACCGGUGAGAACGCCCAGCUGCGACAGCAGCUCCAGAGCCUCCAGCAAGAGGCGGAGUCGCGCCGCCAAAGUUGGCGCGAGAAGGAGGCGGAGCUGCUGCGGCAGGUGGAGCAAGCAGCGGCCAAGCUGGAGGCUCUGAGCGCUGAGCUUGGGCCCUGCCAGGCGGUGCAGCAGGAUUUGGAGCGGCGGCUCAGGGAGGCGAGCAAGUCGCAGCAGGAGCGGGAGGAGUCCUUCAAGGCGCACCUCACGAGCAUCGACACAGAGGCGGUGGCAAUGAAGGCCAAGGUGCAGCGGCUAGAAGUGGACCGCGCCGAGCAGGCACACGCUGCACAGGAGUGCCAGGUGAGGAUGAAGAAAUACGAAGAGCAGUCCAGAUCCUUGAAAGAGGAGCUGGUGCUGAUCACCACAAGGCAUGACCAAGAGAGGCAGGAGUGGAGAAAGCAGCUCGACGAGGCGCAAAGCUCAUUGGUUUCUGCGGAGCAGAGCUGCAGUGCACGGCUGCAGGCGGCAGCGGAUGAGAAUAAGAAGCAGCUGCAGCGCGCGGCUGCGGAGCGCAAGCGCAGCCUGCAGAAGGCGAAAGUGCAGCUCCAAGAAAAGCACAACAAGUGCCGGGAGUACUCCAAGAAAGUCGCUCAGCUCCAGUCUGAGAAAGCGGUGGCCGUGCGCGUGUGCGAGGAAAACAAACGCUUCUUCGAGCUGCGCCUGUCCGAGCACGCCGGUUUGGCCGGUGGCGCGCGCCUGGAUCCAACGCCGACCUGGCGUGACACCAGCCCUGAGCUGCGCGAGCUCGCGGAGCGUCUGGCGGAGCACGAGCGCCAGCUGAAGGCGGCCCAGCGCUCGCCCUGACAAGAAUUCGAUCCCCAGUGCCGCCGGCAUUGUGGCAUUGAUUUGUAGCGCAUGUGCUGCAUGAGACUUUUUACCUGCGGAGAGGGUCGGUGGGUUUUUUGUUGCGGACA